GCAUCUUCCCGAAAAGUCUUGUUGGAAAGUUUCUUCUCUUCCUCGUUCUUUUGGGAAGGAGAAGAGCGGUAGAAGGAGAGCGGUAGCACAGAAGCGGCAAAGGAGACGAUUUACAAAUAGACCAGCGCGACAGAAGCUGGCGAGAGGUGGAGCUGCAGCGAAAAGCAACACAGAAGAGAACCUGCUGGCCCGCGUGAAUAAGAAGACAAAUUGACAGAGAAAUCUGGGAGACCAUAGAACUGCAGCUUCAACCACAGAAAGAGGCUGUCGGAGAAAGAAGACAGGGAGUCGGCUGCUGCAGAGAAGAAGAGACACGUGGCCGAGAUUCGUGUAAUUGGGCGGCUACGAUUUGAGGAAAAGAAGGCUUAAAAGGGCGAAGUUUGUAGCUUAGAAGGAAGAGGGAAGACGCCUUAGGGAGGUGAAGGUUUUGGGAAAAUAGAGGUGAUUUUGGGAGAAGAGACAGCUUCGGUUUUCCAGUGAGCAAGAGAGAAUAGAAGGCCGAGGGAGAGAGAGAGGGGGAGUUGAAAUUCCGGGAUUACGAGGGUGAUUUGGAUAAGAUAGGAGAGCGUAAGCUGAAGGAUCAUAUUGAAGGAGACUAGAGGUUCGGAGAAGAACAAAAUGAGCGGAGAAGUCGCGGAGAAGGGUGAGCAGAAUGGUGUUGGUGAGAACAUUGAUAAAGUUGCUGAAGUUGGCUGGUAUGUUCUUGGCGAAAAUCAACAACAUGUUGGCCCCUACACUUCUUCUGAGCUGCGUGAGCAUUGCUUAAACGGGUUCCUCUUAGAGAGUACACUUGUAUGGUCUGAGGGAAGAAGCGAAUGGCAGCCUUUAUCUUCCAUUCCUUGGUUGAUGUCUGGAAUUUCUCAACUGGCAGUUGACUAUACUAUGGCACCUUCCAAGCUUGAGAAAUUGCAGAAUGAGGUUAAAGAGGGGGGAGCAGAGUUAGCUGGACUAAAGACUAGAUAUCUUAGCAAAGAAGAAGUAAAUUAUACUACUGCAGUCUCUACCAAUGCUGAUGAUGAGUUUGAAAAAUGGCAAAAGGAGAUUAAGGAGGCUGAAGCAGAGGCAGAACUAUUGAAGACUGGGUCUAUUUCUAGUAGUCAUGGUGAGUUUGGGGGAGAUUAUCAUGAUAGUGCUUUUACACCACCAGAUGGUGAAGAAGAAUUCACUGAUGAUGAUGGAACUAGGUACAAGUGGGAUAAGAAUCUUGGGGCGUGGGUUCCUCAGGAUGAUGCAUCAAGCACGGAGAAAUAUGGGAUGGAAGAGAUGAUUUUCUUACAACAAGAAGAAGUCUUUCCAACCAUAAAUGUUGCCAAUGCCUCUGGAAAAGAAGUAAGUGGAAUCAGAGGAGUAGCAGAAGCAAAAGAUAGUGCCAAGAGAAAAUUACCAGAAAAACAAACCGAGAAGAAGGAAGCUAACAAGCCUCCCGAUUCUUGGUUUGAAUUGAAAGUCAAUCCACAUAUUUAUGUUACCGGUUUACCUGAUGAUGCCACUGUCGACGAAGUGGUGAGAGUCUUUUCUAAAUGUGGCAUAAUAAAAGAGGAUUCUGAAACUAAAAAGCCUCGUGUGAAGAUUUAUAUGGACAGAUUGACCGGAAAACAAAAAGGAGAUGCACUAGUCACUUACUUGAAGGAACCUUCAGUUGACCUAGCAAUUCAAAUUUUGGAUGGGACACCUUUACGUCCAAAUGACAAGCUUCUAAUGUCAGUAUCUCGAGCUAAGUUUGAGCAGAAAGGAGAAAAAUUUAUAUCCAAACAAGUAGACAGCAGGAAGAAAAAGAAACUUAAGAAGGUUGAAGAGAAGAUGCUUGGUUGGGGUGGCCGUGAUGAUUCCAAAGUUUUGGUUCCAGCUACUGUUGUUCUUCGUAAUAUGUUCACGCCUGCUGAAAUGAGGGCAGAUGAAAAUUUACCUUCAGAACUGGAGGAGGAUGUUAAAGAGGAAUGCUUAAAGCAUGGUCCCAUCGACUCUGUCAAGGUAGUGCAUCUACCUGUUAAACUAAUUGGACAUUGUGUCAGGAUCUAG